UUUUGGGGGGCAGCAUAUGUUACUGUAUGGAUGUUUUUUUACACCUGGAAGACUGGACCAGAGUCUGCACUAAGACCAACCAGACCGUGGUUCAGUAGAUCCAGACAGAGACCACCUCUAUUGGCCAGACCAAAUUCUGGUUCUUUGGUCUGGACCGUGGUUUUCCAGCCCCCUUUAGUUCUGCUACACUGUUAUGGAUCAAACUGCAAAGUCAGAAAGUCCAGACCAAACAAGAGGGAAUAAAAGGAGCCCCCGAGGUGGCGGAGACUCACAGGACACACACUGCCCCAUGAGUGCCAUGCCCAGCAGCACGGCUACCACCAACGGAGUCAUGCCUGAGCUGAAGAAAUCAGGAAGAAAAUCCUCAAAGGCAGCAGUCGCUGCAGAGGAGCUGCCUCCAUACGAGCCCAACAUUCCUGAUCCCACCACCAGGGCAGAGCUGAUGAAAUACUGGAUGCCUCUGUCUCUGGAUGACAGGACCUCUCAGAAGCUGCUGUGGCUGUCAGAGGGUGGUUCUAAAGUGUCCCGGAUGUCAGAGGAGGUGUGUCCUGUCCUGGACAGACCCGAGCGAUAUGAGCACUCCCCACAGGUCCUGUGUAAGGAGGGUCUGCUGGGGUGCCGCGGGUACUGGGAGGUGGACUAUGAGGGCUGGGUGGUGAUCGGGGUGGUGUGUGAGAGUGCUGGGAGGAAGGCUAAGGAUGGUCCCUGCGGUCUGGGGGAGAACGAAUUGUCGUGGGGCAUCGGCUGGGCCGGGUCCUGCUACCACUCCUGGCACAACGGGGAGAACGUGGAGAUCCAGGGAAGCCUCUGCACCACCUUCGGCAUCUACCUGGACCAGCCUGCCGGCAUUCUGUGCUUCUACCAGGUGGAGGAAAAAGAGGGAGGGGCUAAAGAGGUCCGGCUGCUGCACAAGUACAAAACCAACACCAAGGAAAAGAUGUUCCCCGGGUUCUGGGUGGGCCGCAAGUCCUUCUGCUGGAUCCAGAAGAAGGAUCAGUAAGAGGAGGAAGUAUGGAAGGAGGGAGGAGUGGUGGAAAAGUGAGGGGGUGGGGUGGGGGGGGGGGUUGUGGGAAAAUGAGGUAGAGAAAUGGGCCUGAUUUAUUCACCUGAGCCACCUUGAGAUGUUUGAAGCCUGGCAAGUUAGGCAUGAAGAUAAAUAUAAGGUCAACAUACAAAUAUUAGUGCUCAAUUUUCAAAUUUAAUUUAAUUUAAAAAACAGUGUUGAUAAUUUAAUAUUUUGAGUAUAAGACGCACUUAAAAUUCUUUUUAAAAUCCGAUUUUCCCAAAAAUCAAUACGCCUUAUGUAUAAAUUCUACCAGUCAGGUUGUAAGAAGCAGUAAAGUCACUCCGCUGAAGUGCAGCAUUAUACAGGAGUUUCAGUUUAGUUCUCCAAAAGCAUUGUUCAGGGGCGAGUAGUAUAGGUUAGCCUACUGCUAACCCCAGCUAGCACUGCAGGAGCAACAUUAGCAUUAGCUGCUAACUGCGAUAACCACUAGUGGUAGUGGUACUUUAGUGGAAGUCUGGAAAUCUAAGCUUACUGUAAAUAAACGGAUGCACGUUACUGACAGAAAUAAAAGUGCUCAGGAGAGAAAUCUGUGUAGAUUAACAUCCAGUGCUCGUUUGACUUGUCUAAAAUAUGUCUUUUAAAAAUUUCAGUUUUGUUUACUUAGCUUAGCUUUACAGGUUUACAGAAGGAAAACAUGGCGACACCCCUGUUUCUUACCAAUGUCUCAUAAAAUGCGUCUUAUAAUCCAGUGUAUAAAAAAUAGAAAAGUUUAUUGAUUGUGCGCCUUACAAUGCGGCGCGCCUUAUAGUGUGAAAAAUACAGUAAUUAUUACCUAAAUUGAACAGCUGAUGCACAAUAAAAGAAAAAAGACAAAGUUUACCUAACAUUUCCCAUUACGAAACUAAUGACUUUAAAAUAUGAAUAGUAUUAAUAUGAUCGACAGUUGGCAAUUCUUAAUCUACUUCCUAUGUAUUAUUCAUAAAAAAGACAAUUUAAAAUAUAUGACUCAUUAAUGAUUUUUGUGUUGUAGUACUUGUAGUCAGUAUGAAGUCCCACUUAAAAGCAACAGAAACGUGAACUUACCCUUACACCCAACAAUACUUAAACCAGAUAGCCAACCAUUUAAUAAACUACAACUCAGUACCUAACAGAACUACGCCUGGAGGAAUGACUACACAUUGAUGGUGAGCAAAACAAGCCUAAAAUUCAAAUCAAUUAUUUCAGGAAUCAAAAUGAGCCAAAAUAGGUUUUACCAUAUUUUUCACACUAUAAAGUGCACUUAAUAUCCUUUAAUUUUCCCAAAAAUUGUCAGUGUGCCUUAUAAUCCAGUGUGCCUCAUGUAUGAACUUUACCAGUCAGGUUAUAAGGAGCAGUAAAGCCACUCCACUGAGAUACAGCGUUAUACAUGAGUUUCAGUUUAGUUCUCCUGCAAUGGGUCUGGAGUAGCAUUCGCAUUAGCCGCUAACCGCUAUUUCUUCGCUUAGAGGUGAGUAUUAUCAGCCUGUAAUCUGCUCCUAACCCUGGCUAGCACUGCUGGAGCAUCAUAAGCAUGACCCACUAACGGUUAACCGCUAAUGCUAAUGCUCCUGCCUAGUGCUAGAGAAAUAAACAGAAGCGCUAUACUCACCCAAACAGUUUUCAGGAGAGAGAUCUGUGUAGAUUAACAUCCAGCACUCAUUUGACUUUAAAAGAAAAUCAUUUUUAUUACAGUUUUGUUUACUUAACAUAGCUCUACGUAACUUAGUUAGCUUCCCCUCUAAGGUGGAUCAGAUGAACACGAACAUGGCCACAGUUCUUGGGGAACAAGGGCGGUGAGCUGAGGCAGGAGGACGUAGAGUAGGACUGUUUUAUUUAUGAAGUGGAAUGUUCUUUAGAAGAAUCUUUAGAAGAAUAGAAAUCUUUUUUAAUCUGUGUAGGAUUGCGUUGUUCUCUAUAGUAUGGGACAUCUUUAUAAUAUAUACUUAUUAUAAUGAUAAAACAUUCAUAUUAAAUACAUAUUAAAUAGCUCAAACAACAGCUGAUGCGCCCCAAGAUCCUGCAUAUGAAGAGGUGGUAUUGUGUUCAAACAUUAAAAUAUUUGAAUUCUGUUGAUAUGAGUGUGUUAAAAGUUAUUGCAUUUUUUGGGGCCUAAAUCAUUUUAUAUCCCAUGUGUUGUAUGUUUUAUUUUAGUAGUGAUCAAAUACUUGUGUUUUACUUAAUCACAUUUUAUGAUUAAAUAAAGUGUUUAAACCAUA